UGGACGAGCGCGCGCAGAGUUGCUCCGGAGGGGAUCCGAACCAGCCCGGGGAAAAAAAAAAAGGAGGAUGUUGCGCGUGCGGUGCCUGCGCGGAGGCAGCCGAGGGGCCGAAGCCGUGCAUUACAUUGGGUCGAGGUUGAGAAGAGUCGUCACAGGAUGGGUGCAGCGAACUUUCCAGAGCACCCAAACUGCAGCAGCCUCCAAUUCUCUUUGUGCUGCUGCUGCUGCUGAAGCCUCCAAAGUUCCUGAUCCUAGCCCAGAAAAUUGUCCUGUCUGCUCCUACAAUGAGUGGGACCCACUGGAAGAAGUCAUUGUGGGGAGAGCCGAAAAUGCCCGCGUCCCUCCUUUUACAGUUGAGGUCAAGGCUAAUACCUACGAUAAGUACUGGGAAUUUUAUCAGAAGUACGGAGGGCAGAGUUUUCCUGAGGAUUAUAUCAAGAAAGCAAUCGCUGAGAUUGAAGAAAUGUGCAAUAUUUUGAAGAUGGAAGGAGUGACGGUGAAGAGGCCUGAUGUUCUGAACUGGUCAACCCGAUAUAAAACACCUGAUUUUGAAUCUACUGGCAUGUACGCAGCUAUGCCGAGAGACAUUCUGCUUGUAAUUGGGAACGAAAUCAUCGAAGCGCCGAUGGCCUGGCGAGCCCGCUUCUUUGAAUAUAGAGCGUAUCGUCCGGUCAUUAAAGAAUAUUUUCGCCAGGGAGCCAAAUGGACGACAGCACCGAAGCCCACCAUGUCCGAUGAACUUUACGACCAGGAUUACCCCAUCCGCACUGUGGAGGACAGGCACAAGUUGGCUGCUCAGGGGAAAUUCGUCACCACUGAAUUUGAGCCGUGUUUUGAUGCGGCCGACUUCAUAAGAGCUGGAAGAGAUAUCUUUGUGCAAAGAAGUCAGGUUACAAAUUUCAUGGGCAUUGAGUGGAUGAGGAGACAUCUUUCUCCAGAGUACAGAAUCCAUACUAUUUCUUUCAAAGACCCGAACCCGAUGCACAUCGAUGCUACCUUUAAUAUCAUUGGUCCUGGGAUCGUGCUUUCUAAUCCAGAUCGCCCGUGUAAUGAGAUUGAUCUCUUCAAGAAGGCAGGCUGGACGAUCUGUCACCCACCUCUUCCUCUCAUCCCCGACAACCAUCCGCUGUGGAUGUCUUCAAAAUGGCUUUCCAUGAACGUCCUGAUGCUGGAUGAGAAACGUGUUAUGGUGGAUGCCAAUGAAAUCCCGAUCCAGAAGCUCUUUGAAAGCCUCGGCAUUUCCACCAUCAAAGUGAACAUCCGCCACGCCAACUCUUUGGGAGGAGGGUUUCACUGCUGGACCUGCGACAUACGUCGCCGUGGCACCCUGAAGUCUUAUUUUGAUUAGGAGAGGUCUGUCUGAAGCACAGGCUGCUAUCCAAUGUGAAUGCAUGAGUCAUAAGAUGAAGAGGUUGGCUUCCCCUGGCUCCUUAAAACAAUAAUAAUAAUACAACGGAUGUAGAUGCAUGAGUUGCUGUGCUUUGAAUCAGGCUCUUCCCCCUCCUAAUUUGUGCAUCCCACCUCCAGGACAGGACAGUGCACCCUAAGGGUCCAUUCACACGUUAUGAACAGGGAACUAGGGCCAUAGAUGAUUAAUGAUGAAUGGUUGGCUUCCAUUGUUUGGCCAGGAAUUCUUGGAUAUACACACCCCAGUGGAUACUCUUGACUAUUUUUAUACCAGGGGUCCCCAACCCCUGGGCCGUGGCAUGCCAGCAACUGGUGCGCACAAACAAGCAAAGUCCCAUCCGCGAGAUGCAGGCAGCACACAAAACCACGCCAUCUCCGGUCCGUGAAAAAACCUCUCUCCACGGAACUGGUCCCUGGCACCCAAAAGGUUGGGGACCUCUGAUUUAUACAGAAGUAAGCCUCAUGUUUUUGAGCUAGUUUAUUACAAGCUGAUAGGGUGGCAGCCUUAUUCACAAAACAGACCCUGUUUACAUUGUCUUAUUAGAUGCCCACACAGAAACAUGCCAUCAGCGAAGAUGGGGGGGGAACCCUUUCUUGUCCCACCCAACGUUGAAUAGUCUUGUUUCAUCAUGACUUCAAUCAUAUAGGCCAGGGAUCUGCAACCUUGACAACUUUAAGACUGGCUGAGGAAUUCUGGGAGCUGAAGUCCACAAGUCUUAAAGUUGUCAAGGUUGCAGACCCCUGAUAUAGGCCCAUGCUAGCUCAAGGAAGAAGAUGCCUUCCUUAAGAGUUGUUAUGGGGGCACUGUAAACCCCAAAGGCUGGACACUUCAGGACCAAGGAAAGCAACUCCAUGCAGGUGGUCCUCGGCUUAUGAAAACAAUUGGGAAUGCAACUUCCAUUGCUAAACAAUGCAGUUAUUUAGUGAGUCACACUACAACUUUUUUUUUUUUUUGACCAUGGCUGUUUAAUGCGGUCAUUAAGCCAGUCUGGCUUUGCCCCAUUGGCUUUGCUUGUUGGAAGCCUCCUGUAAAUCCCAUUGAAAGCAAUAUACAGAUCCUACAGUUUUUGAAUAUGCAAGGUGCUUCCUGGAAUAAUGUGUGUGUGUGUGUGUGUGUGUGUGUGUGUGUCUCAGCAGUGAAAUGGGUUCUUCCAGCUGGCUUUUGGAACAAAAUCUAGACACUUCCCUUUUUUAAAAAAAUAAAAAUCUUUACCCCAAAAAUAUACGAAGUUUCACGGUAGCUACCAGAUUCUUGACUUUCAUAGUUGACGUUACGUAUCUACCUCUGCUUGAACAUAUUACAGGAAGGCAGCUAGAAAGAUUUGACCGCAUUUGAGUGUCAAUCUUUCUGUUCCCAUUUAAUAGUCUUUAUGGUUAGAUUCGAAGACCCCCACAAUGUGAAAUUUAAGGCAAGACGUAGAAAAAUAGAGAUGGGCCCAGGUAUGUAUUACUUUUGUAUUUUGUACUUAUUUAGGUUAUGCUAAUUUUUUUUUAAACAAAAUGCAUCCUUAUGCAGAUGUAACUUAAAUUACAUCAGGAUUGUGAACUGGUGACCUUUAUAAACCUUGCUAGACCCAAUGAUUGUAUUAGACUACAGUCCCCAUUACUCCGAGCCAAAGCUAGAACGAUUAAUCAGUGGAGCAACUUGCCUCCAGAAGUUGUGGGUGCUCCAACACUGCAGGUUUUUAAAGAAGGGGUUGGACAGCCAUUUGUCUGAAAUGGUACAAGUUCCAACUGGGCAGGGGGUUGGACUAGAAGACCUCCAAGGUCCCUUCCAGUUCUGUUAUUCUGUUUUAAUAUCCAGUUGCUGUACCUUGAUGAGAAGUUAUAUAUGUUUGGUGAAGGUCACGUUUGGGCUUGUUUGCAGUAAAGUAAAAAUUAUUCACAUUCUGGAUGUCGGAUGUGUAGACCUUCCCCCCUCCCAGCAAGAAUGGGUGGCUAUUAGAUGGAUUAAAAGAGAGAUUUAGCAUUGCUGGACAAGGGAGAUAUUUGUCUUAGAAAUGUAUGAUUUGUUUGAGUUUGUACCCCAACUUAAGUAAUCACAUCUAGAUGCUUCAUAAAAAUUAUAUCCACUGCUAUAUAUUAGGUCUCUAAGUAACUCCUUUUAAUUUCCUUCUUCUCAAAUCUUGGAUUAGAUGCCUCUAGUCUGGAAAAAAACUGCUUACCUACAAGUAUUCUACACGUCUUUGAAUAUUUUAUACAAUUUUUAUUUUUGCCUUUCUUUGUUUCAGUCUUUCGUUGAUGGGUGCCAAUGUAAGGCAAGUUAUUUGGCAGAAUCUGUUUUCGUAAAUCAAAUGUACUUAAUCAUUCUGAGCCGAGGUGGCGCAGCAGUUAGAGUGCAGUACUGCAGGCCACUUUAGCUGACUGUGUUCAGCAGGUCAGCGGUUCAAAUCUCACCGGCUCAAGGUUGACUCAGCCUUCCAUCCUU